UUUCACACCUCACUUGGAAACUGGAGCAACAAGCCUCAGCGAACUGGAGAACACGCGCGGGCGGACGACUUCUCUGCUCGGCUUUCUCGGCCCUCUCAAGCAGGCUUGCUCCUGUGCUCAACUCGAUCGAGCAGCCGAGCACUCCUUUUGCUAACCCCCGUAGCUCACGGCGAAACCGCCCUUCCACUUAUACAGUACCUCUUAAACGCAUCUUGCACAGCCAAACAAGGUGAGGUGCUUCGCUGUUUGCCACCACGUCAGGAACGGCAUAUCUUCACCGAAAGCACACCUCCGGACAGCUUCCCAAUGGCGGACCCCAGCAAUGCCACCACGACGACGCAAGAAGCGGUCCGCCGACCACCCCGAGUCCACGACGGCCGAAUCAAACGCCUAAUGGAGCUCAACUUUCCGGUGGCAGCGGGCAACCCGGAGAAGCGAGAGUGCCGGUGGUGCGGAGGGCUUUACAGCGUGGGCACGGGCAACACGACGCUCCGCGGCCACCUGAACAACAAACACGCCGGCUGGGACGGCUCGGAGGGCGACCCAAACGCGUUACACUUGGGCUUGGGCUUGGCUUCGAGCAGCAGCACACCUCAAACCGGCCAUCAGCCCUCCAAACGCCAUCGCUCGCCAUCGUCUUCAUCACAACACUCACGCACACAUAAGAAACAAUUCACAGGAACAAUGGCAGACCUCGCCCACCUCAGCUCCACCGCCCUCUCAGACCUCACUGCAAAGUCCCUCCAGCACUUCACUGCGAAGGAGUUAUGUCAGUUGUCGGAACUGUCCGCCGACGAGUACCAGGCUAGGUUGAAGGUCAUCCAGAACAAGAAGGGCUUUAUCAUCGACAUGGACGGCGUAAUCUACCACGGCAACGUCCUCCUUCCCGGCGUCAAAGAUUUCAUCCACUGGCUCAAAAAAGAAGACAAAAAGUUCCUCUUCCUCACAAACAACUCCGCCCCAACCCCUCGCGAGCUCUCCUUCAAGCUCGCCCGCCUCGGCCUCUCCGUCACCGAAGACCAUUUCUACACCUCGGCCAUCGCGACCGCCAAAUUCCUGCAGAGCCAGAAACCGAAUGGCGGGACGGUUUAUGUUGUUGGCGAGCCGGGGCUUAUAUAUGCGUUGUAUGAGGUUGGGUUCAGUAUGAAUGAGACGAACCCGGAUUACGUCGUGAUAGGCGAAGGCAGCAGCCAGACCUUCGACAAGAUCUCGAAAGCGGUCAACCUGGUGUACAAGGGCGCCAAACUGAUCGGGACCAACCCGGACGUCAAUGGGCCGACGGAGGGCGGGAUCGCCCCGGCUACUGGGGCGUUUUGUGCCGCGGUCGAGUUGGCUUCCGGCCGUAAGGCAUUCUACCUCGGCAAACCCACCUCCCUCAUGCUCCGCUACGCCGCCACCAUCCUCGGAACCUCCAAAGACGAAACAUGCAUCAUUGGCGACCGCAUGGACACCGAUAUUCUCAGCGGUGUGUACGCCGAGAUCGACCCCGUCUUGGUGAUGAGCGGGGUGAGCAGGCCCGAGGAUGUGAGGAGUCAGGCGUAUCGGCCGUGGGUGGUUUGUAAUGGGGUGGGGGAGGUUGUCCCAAGGGAGGCGUAGGAUGGGGUGUGUUGACCCCCCCGGGGUUUAGGGAGCAUACCCCACUUCCCAUGUUGUUUGCACCUCCGGAACUCUUUGUGUUUUGGCUCUGCCGGGUAGAUGAAGCUGGAAUGUACAUAGGCACUUCCCCGACUAGUUUUUGUAAAUCUCAUCAAUCAUCAUGUUCUGACAUGGACUCUCGAAAA